AUGGGUAAGCGGAAACUUGGAGCACUUGAGAAGGUGGACGCAGACUUGCGCAAUCUUCAAAACAAGAUCGGAAGAGACCCUCUGUCGUACCGGGAGAAUUUCGUGGACCAGUACAAUCAAUAUGAAUCGGCAUAUUCUAUCUUCGUUGCUGAGCCCACCACGACCGACGCGGGUACCAUCGAGACUUUGCGUGAACACAUCGACUUCAUAGCUCACGUGGCUGACUGCUACCGUGACCUGGUUCCGAGUUUUCCAACGGAUCUGAUCAACCUUCUCAGUGCACAUCACAAUGAUCUAGAGCCUGAGCUGCGGGAGAAGGUCGUUGGCAGUCUGGUCCUGCUACGAAACAAGGACAUCAUCACCUCAGUUACGUUGCUAAAUGCCUUAUUCCCCCUCCUCGUAUCGACUAAGAGCAAGUCACUUCGAGAGCUUCUAUUUAAGAAGAUCAUUUCUGACCUCCGUUCCUCGAACGCCAAAACAACAAACCAUAAGCUCAACCGUGCCGUUCAAAACCUCCUUAUCGAUCUCCUCUCCUCGGACAAGACGUCAUCAAAGGGCUUGUGGGCGGUGAAGAUAACGCGGGAGCUGUGGAAGAGGCAGAUUUGGACCGACGAGAAGGCAGUCAAGAUCAUGGAGAUGGCGGCUCUGAGCGACAACGAAAAGGUCAUUGUCGGCGGAGUGCGCUUUUUCUUGGGCGGAGACAAGGAGAGGGAAGAAAUGGCGGACGAGAGUAGCGAGGAUGAAGGCGGCGUUGAUCUAAACGCCCUUCGGCACCAAGUAGGAAUCAACAAGAAGACAAAGAAGCGAGACAGAGAGCUGAAGAAGGCCGCCGCCGCCGUAAAGCGAAAAGAGAAGAAGAAGAAUGCGCCACAUCCCCUCAAUUUUUCGGCUUUGCACCUACUACACUAUCCACAAGGAUUCGCGGAGGAAUUGUUCAGAAAGCAUCUCCAGCCGCAGAACGCAAAGGGCAAGCUCAAUCUGGAACAGCGACUCCUGAUUCUCCAGCUUGUUACGAGACUCGUUGGUCUGCACCAGCUCGCUAUCGAAGCUCUGUACUCUUGGUUUUUAAAAUUUCUCACGCCUCGGCAGGCAAGCGUAACGACGUAUCUUGCGUGUUUAGCUCAGGCAACACAUAUACAAGUUCCGGACGAUCAUCUUAAGCCAUGUCUCCAAAAGAUCGCGAACGAAUUCGUCAGCGAAGCAAGUGCCUCAGAGGUUGCGUCAGCGGGGCUGAACGCCAUCCGCGAGAUUUGCGCAAGACAGCCCUUAGCCAUGGAUGAAACAUUGCUGCAGGACUUGGUCAUGUACAGAAAGAGCAAAGAUAAAGGCGUUAUGAUGGCAGCAAAGGGACUCUUGAGCUUAUACCGAGAGAAAGACCCGGAGAAGCUAAGGAGGAGGGACCGUGGCAAAGAAGCAUCGAUUGCACUUCAAGGCGGUGAAUUCAAGCGACUGCGAUUUGGAGAAGUACAGGCAGAUGAAGGUAUCCAGGGAAUCGAGCUGCUAGAAGCAUGGAAGGAGGAGGAACGAAAGAAGAAGCGUGCCGAGCAGGGGUUAGGCAGCGAUGAUGAUCUGGAUGAUGAGAUCAAGGAAGAUGAGGAGGCUGGAUGGGAAAACUGGGAGGCUGAAAGUGAUGAUUCUGAAAGCUCGGGGGGCUGGAUUAAUGUCGAAUCCGACGGUGAGGAUAUCUACAUCAGCGACUCGGACGACGACAACGAUCAUCCAAAAAAGAAAGCAAAAACCGAGAACGAAGACCAGUCAGCUUCUAAAACGACUACGGAAGUCGCAGAGAAGAAAUCUUCCAACUAUGCGACUACUCGCAUCCUAACUCCAGCAGACCUCGCAAAGCUUAAAGAACUUCAACAGUCUAAUUCAGUCUUAAACUCCCUGCCUGCUCACCAGCGCAAACGCGCCGCACUUCUUGCCCAAGCCCAGUCUCGCUCGCACGAGGAUGGACUCACGGCAGCUGAAAUUGAAGGUUUAGCGAUGCUCUCACAUAAAAAGACCAAGGAAGAAAAGAUCGCGAUGGCAAAGGCGGAUAAGGACGAGAAGCACCAAAGCACGACUGCGAAGAGAAAGGAGAAAAAGCGAGAACAAGGGAAGAGUACAACGAAUGCAGAGAAGGCAAGAGCAAAGAACUUCUUGAUGACCUUGGGCAAGGCAAAGCGCAAAGGCAAGAGAUCGCUAACGGAAGUCCGGAGGACGAUGAAGGGACAUGCUGAGCGGCAGAAACGAGGUGGCAGGAGAGGGAAUCGUUAA